UCAACCAUAACAGCAGUGAUAAGGAAGACUUAAUCACUAAAACUUCAAAUACUGAGCCUGAUAAAGAGCCUGUGUCAUCAGUUAAAUUGCUCAUAGUGCUGCACAAGAUAUCGGCUGCGGACGUUGAUCAGUUGUGUGCUGAACAUGACAUCAGUCCACAUUCAGCUGAGAGCUGCAAACAGAUGUUGCAUCCAAAGGAGUCCAGUGAAUUACCAGCUAUCCAUAAGCAGAAGUCUCUUCACGGAGCUGAAGCAGGACAACCAAAGCCAAGUAGGAUGUGUCAGCUCCAGGGAGUUGAGAAUGAAGAUUCAUCUCCCAUGGAUAGAAAUUUGGCCGUGAUUAGUCCCACUACUUCAACUGUUGAUUUAAAGACGAAGCGACGUCCAUCAUUGAAAAGUGGUGUGUUUAAGGCAGCAUCUGAUAAGACUGUGGUGCCAUCUUCACAUCACAAAACUGAUGUGCGCAAAGUGGCCAGUAGAACCUCGGGGACUUCUCUGCACACAUCAACUCUACACUCAAAAUUGAGGCCUCGGAACUAUUCUCAUUGCAGGUUGUCUGCCAGUCAGAAAUGUAGUCUUUUUCAGCCCUCGGCUUGUGUUGAGAAAAUGAAGCCUCUCAACUGUAAUGGUUGCUCCCAUGCUAACUGUAAUAAAUUGAAGCGUCAUAAGUGCUCAUUUUGCACCUAUGCAACCAGUAUUAAAGGUAAUCUAACUCAACAUGUUGCUGGUGUUCACAAGAAUUUAAAGCCUCAUAAAUGUAACAUCUGCGGCUACUCAAGCAGUCGGAAAAGUGAUCUAACUCGACAUGUUGCUGCUGUUCACAAGAAUUUGAAGAAACAUAAGUGAAACAUCUGCUGCUUGAGUAGCUGCAGAUCUCGGAAUAGUGAUCCAACUCAACAUGUUGCUGCAGUCUUAAGAGUUUCUAUGCAUUAUUGUUGUAUCAUUGGAAUAGAGGAAUAUCUCCAAUGUUACUCUACAAGUUCAAGUCGAUCAGAUCCAUAGCAAGCUUACUACUUAUUCUCUGUGAACCAACCCCAGCUUGUUAUCAUUUAGGACUGUCA